AUGGCAGGAGUGAUUUUCGAAGACACAUUCUUGGUAAAAAGCGUUGAUCCAGAUGGCAAAAAGUUUGACAGAGUUUCCCGUUAUUUUUGCGAUUCAGAGACACUUGGGUGAGUUUUUCGCUUGUUUCCCCUUAAAAAAAGUGUUAUUGCAAUGUUUUUAGAAUGGAACUGAUCCUUGACAUCAAUUCACAAAUCUACCCAAUCGAAGCAAACGAGAAAAUCCGCCUUGUUUUGGCCACAACACUUCGUGAAGAUGGUUUGGCUGAUGAGGGAGAAUACGACCCAAAAGCUGAUUAUCCAAUUGUCAAAAAAUUCGAAUAUGUCAUGUACGGAAAGGUUUAUCGAUUGGAAGGAGACACAUCAAACAAUGAAAACUCGAUUUUAUCAGCAUAUGCCAGUUUUGGCGGCUUGUUGAUGCGUUUGAAAGGAGCUGCCAUGAAUUUACAUCCUUUUGAGUUGGAUAUGAAUUUGUAUUUGCUUAUUAAGAAAACCAGCUUUUAA